AUGGAGGCUGUGAGUAGCGUUGAGGAGGCCGUUGACUAUAUGCGUCAAGCUGAGGAACGGCUCUUCAAUCUCGAGGCUAAGAUGCAGCGUCUGGAAUCGACGGCGGGCCCCUCACAUCUUCAGGCCCGCCUGAACACUCUUGCUCUUCGCUUGGAUUCGCUAGAGCAGGAAUUGGCCGCUGCUCAGGCACAGCUCACAGGCUCUCAUGGCAUCCCCCUUCGUGCUGAAAUCAACGUGCUAAGCAAAAUUUUGUCUGAUACAGUUGAGUCGGUUAACCGGCUCCACCCGGAGCUGCUGCGCUUGCUUGCUUGGAGGGAUCGCUUCACCUUCCGGCUUCAGGAGGAGCUUAUGAGCAUCGGCCACAGGUUUGCGCAGGCGUGUCCGCCGCUAGAGGUGUCUGCUCUGGAUGCCAUGGAGUGGGAUCACUUGGCUCGCAACAGGUUGCGGCGAAUGUCCGUGGAUGCUCUCACGGACUCUUUCCGCAGGGAGCGGCUCCCCGAGCAAGACCGGUUCGCACUGGUCUACCAGGAGUGGCUUCAAGUGGUGCUGCCGUGGGCGGGCAUUACGGUCCUCGGCAUGAUGCUCUCUGCUGCUGUGGAUCAGGCUGAGAAGAUUGCAAUCGUCACUCAGACAUUGGGUGGCAAAGCUUUGUCCACUUUGGAGAAACGCUUGCGGCAGGUUAAGGCCUUCCUGGCCUGGGCUUUGCUUUUUGGGGUGACUCCAUUCCCAUUGACCGAGCAUGUGUGUCGCAUGUACUUGAAGAAGUUGGUUCAGGACAAUGCACCCGCCUCGCGGAUCAAAGGAGUGUUGGAGCUCGUCGCCUUCCUAAGGCAUGUGGUCGGGCUGCCGGUUGCUGACAAUGCGGGGGACUCGCCUUGGAUUCGAGGCGUGCUGAGGGCAGCGGCUGCCAAGGCCAAACCGACCUCGAAAGCGAGGCCCCUGACCGUCGGCGAGGUCAGUGCCCUGGAAGAGUUCGUCAAGCGGAGGCAGGGCGCUUUGCAGGAUGUCUAUGCGGCCGGCUGUUUCUUGUACUUGAUUUAUUCUCGAGCGAGAUUCGGCGAUUGCAAAAUCAUCUCCAACGUCUUCUUUGACUUAAUCAGGAAAGCAGGGGAUGUCGCCGGCUAUGUCGAGGUGAUCUCGUGGUCGCACAAGAUGCGGCGGCAUUUCCCGUCGAUCCCUUUGGUGGCGCGUGCGUGGCUCUCGCAGCUUCUGGUCAAUCUUGGGCAUGCCAGUGGCACCACCGUUGGGGCCCACUCGUGCAAGGCGACAUGUCUCUCCUGGUGUUCGAAAUUUGGCAUAUCCAAGGAGGUUCGGACGAGGCUGGGGAAUCACAAUGAUCGAGGCUCGGCUGAGUGCUAUGGGCGCGACACCUUAGCUGGUCCGCUCAGGGACCUCGAGGGCUGCGUGCUGGCAGUUCGCACGGGCGCUUUCUUGCCUGACAUGUCUCGCAGCGGCUACUUUCCAGCCGACGCAAGCAGUCGAGCGGGUGACUCGUCGAGCCCCGCCGAAGCGGCAGACUUGGGCGGCACACUU